CUUCCACUUCGGACACGUCAGUGAUGGAUAAGGACUGGAGACCUGGAUGGAAUGGGGAUCUCUUCACAAUAACUUAAACAUAAGAAGAAAAUAACAAAACAACAGCGGCAUGACAUCCGGUGCAUAACGUUUAGGAAACCGUGACUAACACGUGCUCGUAUUCUUGUUGAUUUGGAGCUUGUGAGAAGAUACACAGGUUUAAUUUAUUCUAUCGGACGGUAUUUCCACCUCCUCUGGAUGUGGUCACACAGUUUUUCGGGUGAAGAUAGACUGAAGUUUGAAAGUACAUAUAAUGUGAAUUACACAUUGCUGGCGGUACUGAGGCUGCGGGCUGCAUCUAGAACACACGCGAGGAGAGCAGACAGAGGCGCGCGCUUCUGCUGUAGACAGAUACCUGGAAAAGAGAAUAUGUAGAGCCUACUAUUUCGAAGUGCACCAUGGCUUAUAAUUGAGCUUUCUUUUAGGAUUUAAGGGCAUUGGCAAAAAAACGGUUGUUUUAAAGAAGCUGACAGCUCAUCUUCUAUGGAGUCACAUAUCAAUUUUGGAGACUCGAUGUGGGACAAAAUGGACCGCACGAACGGACUGAGCUCCAGGAUUACGGUUGUGUUGCUCCACAGUAAGAUGUAGCCUGUUAUGUGUUAUUGGCGCUUAUGGAAACUUGAAUGAUACAUUUUCAUAAAACAUAGGCUACAGAGGCCACGUUUCAUGCGUAAAGAUACGGACGAUGUAUUUAUUUUUGUUGUUAUGAUGCGUAUGCAUUUAAAUUCAACAAUAUUGCAACUGCAUGUCUACAUUUCCAUCGCCGUCCAAAGCGUCCAAAGCGUCAGGCAGCAUGUCCAGUGCAUGUGCCCUGCAGUCGCUUGUCCUGGAUGGAGCGUCAAUAAGAGCACGAAUGUAAUCACACGGACACGCCUCGUCAGUCAUUAAACAAAUCAGAUAAACACAGUGCUAAUAUGAUCAAUAGACUGUAUCGAUGAGCCAGCAUAUAAGGCUAAUGAUUGGCCCAGCCUCUGUUUACUUAACAUGCCUGCGAGAAUAUGGUGUGAAAUUUUCAGAUGACUGCUGACAGGUCAUUGAAAUAGACAUAUGAUAAAGCAGAGAAUCAUACAAGUUUAGAUUCGUAGGUACAUCAUAUUCAACUCUUCAAUAACAGAUGGAAUACAUAUUGUUGAAAACUGCUGUUCUAACAUUAGAAUGCCUUCGAGAAUUCAUGAACAGGAUGCAUUUUUUGGCUCAUUUCUAAAGAGUGCUUUUUGAAAUAUUUAUAGACACUAUUCUGCAGGAUGAUUGCUGUGAUGAGCAUGGUGAACCAGCCUCCAGACUCGCUGGUCCCCAGGCAAGCGGCCAAGGGUCAAUUUUCCAUCUAAUUGGCCUGACUUCAGGUGAUUGGAAUUAUGGGGUGAUUUCUAUCUCUACAAGCUGAAAGAAACAUGGAUUUGAACUUCUCCACGGUCCGCAAUAGCGAUAAUUUGCUGGAGAGAGACUCAUCCAAGCGCGUUCUGACAGGUUGCUUUCUCUUUGCGCUCAUCCUGACCACACUGCUGGGGAACACACUGGUAUGUGUUGCAGUCACCAAGUUCCGCCACCUGCGCUCAAAGGUCACCAACUUCUUUGUGAUCUCUUUGGCCAUUUCAGACCUGCUGGUGGCCAUCUUGGUGAUGCCAUGGAAGGCAGCGACGGAGAUCAUGGGCUUCUGGCCGUUCGGUGCCUUCUGCAACGUCUGGGUGGCGUUCGACAUCAUGUGCUCAACAGCGUCCAUUUUGAACUUAUGUGUCAUCAGCGUGGACAGAUACUGGGCGAUCUCAAGCCCAUUCCGCUACGAGAGGAAGAUGACACCCAAGGUGGCGUUUAUUAUGAUCAGUGUGGCAUGGACGCUGUCCGUACUCAUCUCAUUCAUCCCUGUGCAGUUGAACUGGCACAAGGCUGCGGCGUUGGAGCUCAACGGCACUUACGGGGAGCUCCCGCCGGACAACUGCGACUCCAGCCUUAACAGGACCUAUGCCAUUUCCUCCUCCCUCAUCAGCUUCUACAUUCCUGUGGCAAUCAUGAUCGUGACUUACACACGGAUUUACAGAAUCGCCCAGAUACAAAUCAGGAGGAUCUCAGCCCUGGAGAGGGCUGCGGAGAGUGCCAAGAACCGCCACAGCAGCAUGGGGAACAACUCCAACAUGGAGACGGAGAGCUCCUUCAAGAUGUCUUUCAAAAGAGAAACCAAAGUCCUAAAGACCCUCUCUGUCAUAAUGGGGGUGUUUGUGUGCUGCUGGCUGCCCUUCUUUAUCCUCAACUGCAUGGUACCCUUCUGUGAUCCCAACAGCACCUCUGAUUUCCUCUGCAUCAGCCCCGGCACCUUCGACGUGUUCGUCUGGUUCGGCUGGGCCAACUCCUCACUCAACCCCAUCAUAUAUGCCUUCAACGCGGACUUCCGCAAAGCGUUCUCCAUCCUGCUGGGCUGCCACAGACUCUGCCCGGGCAGCAAUGCCAUAGAGAUAGUGAGCAUCAACAACAAUGGAUCCCAGCUGCCUGCGUCCCAGUAUCAGCCCAAAGGACACAUUCCCAAGGAGAGCAACAAUGCCACCUACGUGAUUCCCCACAGCAUCCUGUGUCAGGAGGAGGAGCUGCAGAAGAAGAAUGAGACCUUGGAGAAACUGUCCCCGUCCCUUUCUGAGAACUUGGGCAGCGAUGCCGACGUGUCACUGGAAAAGAUUAAUCCUAUAACUCAGAACGGCCAACACAAAACUGUGACAUGUUGAGGGGUGUAUGUAUUGGUAUACAAACAUGAGAAGGAACCCAGAGGGAGAGACCUGGCAGUAUGCCUAGAAGAAGUGUGGUAUAUACAAACAGCUUCACUGCGAACCUUAAAACUCAAAUCACUAUGGAAAUCUACAGAAUGUUUCAAAUGAAGGCACUUUAUCCUGGAUAACUAUCUGCAAAACACCUUCAGCAUUUAUUAUUAAAGUAUAGACGGAUUUGUUGAUAAAUGUUCCAUAACUUGAAUAAAGUAAAAUGAAAUACACAUGUGUAUACAUGUGUUGUAUUUACAAAUAUGUAUACAUUUGCAUGUGUACACAGUAGUGACAAAUAUCCUGGAAGCUGUUAUAACAUGGAGAAAGAAGUAGAAUUAUUAGCUAAAUGUCUCGUAGGUAAGUGCUUUACAUUUAUAUGUACAGCGUGUUUCAUAUUCUUACAAAGGUAACUAUAAAGAUAAUUGGUUUUGAUAGUUUUUUCGAUGUCAACCACAGUGUGUAAUUAUUUUAAAUUGUAUUUAUAAUAUUUAUCAUAAUUUAUUAGAGAGUUGAAUAAACUUCUGGGUAAUGAUAACUGAGUAAAAUAAUAUGGAGAGAGACCAUAGGAUGGUGAAAAUGAUUCAAAACAACCCUCAUCAACUCUUGCAUUUGCAUUGUUGUGACAUUGAAGUGGUAAGCCUCAGCGUGGUAGGGUUGUGGUAAGGUUUGGUGUAUACACAUGUAUGCAUUUGUUAUUUAAAACACUUUGUCAGUAACGGAGGCAUGCUUUAAAUGCCUUUAAUUUUCACAGAGUUACAACGUCUUAUGCCAAGUAUGCCAUAUUUCUAUAUAUUUUAGAUGCAUUCCCCUUUUGUAGUACAUGUUUUUCCCAAUUGGGAAAUGCUAAAGUGGAGAUGGAGCUCACUCUGAUUGUUACACUGGAUUUUAAAGAAUCUUCUGUCACACCUGAUUUUAAAGAACCAACUGUCAAACCUGAUUUUAAAGAACCAACUGUCAAACCUGAUUUUAAAGAACAAACUGUCAAACCUGAUUUUAAAGAACAAACUGUCAAACCUGAUUUUAAAGAACAAAUGGUCAAAUCUGAUUUUAAACAACAAACUGUCAAACCUGAUUUAAAAAAAACGAAUGGUCAAACCUGAUUUUAAAGAACAAACACCAUGUGUCUUUAAUAGUCCCAUGUGAAACAGGGCCUACUUUCUAAGCCCUCCUAGAACCCAUCAUCACAUCAGCAAGUCAAGUCUACCAGUGUAGCUAUAGCAUUAGGCAUCACCGUGAACACAGCUCUCUCCCAACUUCAACCCCAUUACUCUCUCCCACUAGACACUGCUUCCCCUAAAAAGUGUUACCUCUUCACACUCUUAGGGCAUCAGUGAUCCUGUUGGCAAGUCAGGGCCCAUCAGACACGUCUUCGAGUGUUUUAGAAUUGGCAUUCUAUUCCCUAAAGGCUCUGGUCAAAAGUAGUGCAUUAUAUUAGGCCGCACCCUUCUACUGUCCUAAUGCAGAGAGAUGAUUCUGAUUCUAUUAACUGUCUGUUUGCAUGGAAACAAUCAGCUUAGUGAGCAUCAGUAAAUGGCGUCAAUGCAUAAUUGAAAAAUGUUAUUAUUGCACCUUAUGCAAGUCAACAGUCACCCAACCAGAACACAAUGGACACUUUGUGACCUUUGCUAAACCUCUGAAAACUGAUAUUGUGAAUUGUUUAAGCUGGAGCUGGGAUGUUUUAGAGAACAGUCUAUUGUUGUGCUCACAGCAGCCAGAUUGAAAACACCCACUGAAUGCUUUGGUCCUCUGUCACUUUUCUGAUCAAUUAUCUAAUUUGUACCUGUGACUGUUGAGUUGUUUUCUAUGCAGUAUUGAAUUUGACCGAUGGCAAACAAUAUGUUGUUAGGGAAAAUGAGGAGCAAUUAUAUAGAGCUAGUGUGGUUAAGGCUUUCAAUUAGUACCUGUAUGGUUAUUAAUUUCAGAAGGCAUUGUUUGAAUCUACAUUGGAAUGAGGAUAAUUUGAUUUUGGGGUGUGAAUUGGGUGAAGGACAUAUUUUGACACUCUUUACAGUUCCCAAUUUAUCAUAGCUCCAUGAUGGGAAGUCUAUGGGACAUAGUUUUGAUGUAAAAAUUAACUAGAGUUAAUGCAUUGUGGCUCAGUUGUUUCCAGGCCUCAACCUUGUUCUUGUAUCGCCAGGUGUAAAAGCAUGGAUUUGUCAUACAUCAAUGGUCAUUUUAAUGGUAUUGGUCUUAAAUUGGUUCUGGGAAAUCAAAUGUGGUAUAAAUGCAACAGGGGGAACGUUUUUUAAUCAACACGUUACUUAUGAGUUACAAAAAGAGGUUGAGAAGCUCCAUAGCUCCACCCCCUCCUGUAAUCCUAUUGAGUUUUUAUGACCUCGUUUAAUUUGCCUGGCCCUGGAUUCUUGGAGUGUAUGUCCAUCAAGUCUAGCCUUCUAUGACAAGUGCCAAAAUAUGAACUCCCUCUGAGAAGACCUCUGUCUCUGUCAUUUUGUAGAUGAAGGUGGAACGUGCCCACUGCUCAGCUCUACUCGAAUUGUCAAGGGGUGCUAGAAGCCAUCAAUCCCAUAAUAUACAAGUAAAAAAAAAAAACUGUGCUGACUUGAUAUAGUAGCAUCUGAUUUUAAAAUGUUUUUCCAAAGGCAUUAUGUCCUUGACGAAGGCAAAACUGCAGCAACUAUGUGAAGUGAAGGUUGGGCUUUUUUCAUUUUCUACCAUAUCAGUUGUCCUAUUCCCAAAUAUGUACCUGUCUCUCUAUGAUUAACUAUAUCCUUUGCUUAUAAUUUAUUUUCUAAUUAUCUACAAACAUGAGUCCGCUCAAAUCUACAAUAACAAAUGUACUCAUAAUUAACGCAUAAUCUGAGCAGCUAUGGGGAACAUUCCAGAAGACUGUCUUUGUUUGCUCAGUGUUCCCCCUGUCUAAUCAGUGGAGAAGCUGUUCCUCAGAGGGAUUUAGUUCAUUAGUAAACAAUCUUUCCCUGCUGUUCCCCUCUGUGGUUCUAUCACAACAACACACCAUGCACACCUGGGCAUACAACUAGGUGAUUGGGCCUGCAUAAAGAUGCCCUACAGAAACAAUUGUCUAUUCCUCUUUUGUUUCCAAUGAUUUUGCUGAAUGUGAAGUCCAUGCUGUGAGAUGACAAUGUUUUAUAUUGUUUUAUGAGUGUUAUUUGCUUAGCCAUAUGAACAAUUAUGACACUGGCAUGGCACUAUGAAGUAUCUGAGGGUUGUCCAGAGUUAUUGGUUUCAUACAUUUAUACAGAUUAAUACUCAUUUUGGUUUCAGAUGGUUUAACUAUCUUGCCUGUUGCUAUAUCUGUAUAAUUCCUGAGAUUUAAGCCGCCAAGUUUACCAGUCAUGUUUAACUCUGCUCACCACAGUUUACUGGCACUUUAUGAUUUGGGCAUUGCAUUGCAAAAUUACAAAAGCAGAAUGCCCUGUUUGCUCAAAUGUCUUUCUUAGGGGAGCCCCACAGGUUAUGAGAAAUAAGUGUAUUGUUCUGUCUAGAUGUUUGUUGUGACAUCACAUGUAACAGUGCUUUUGUUAACCUAGCUGACAGCAAAGCAUUCCUCUGCAUCAACUGACAAACAAAUAUAACUGUCUCCUUGUAUGACAUUAAACAACAUCCUUUUUGGAUGGGUCCAACUACA